UCAAGGUGCGAGGCGAGUUCAGAGCAUAAGCAAACAACACAUCGAGAAUCAUAAUCGCGUUUGAGAAGCGAAAGCGAAAAUGAGCGGAACAACCAAAAAAGUGGCGGAUGUAGCAUUCAAGGCCGGACGGAACAUCGAUUGGGAAGGGAUGGCUAAGCUUCUCGUCUCCGAUGAAGCUCGCCGUGAAUUCUUCAAUCUCCGUCGUGCUUUCGAUGAGGUUAACACUCAGCUCCAAACAAAAUUCAGUCAGGAGCCUGAGCCCAUAGACUGGGAAUAUUAUAGAAAAGGGAUUGGCACUCGUUUGGUGGAUAUGUACAAGGAGCAUUAUGAGAGCAUUGAGAUCCCCAAGUUUGUCGACACCGUAACUCCUCAAUAUAAGCCUAAAUUUGAGGCACUGUUGGUUGAGCUUAAGGAAGCAGAAGAGAAAUCUCUGAAAGAGUCUGAGCGUUUGGAAAAGGAAAUUGCUGAUGUGCAAGAGUUAAAGAAAAAGCUUAGCACCAUGACAGCGGAUGAGUACUUUGAGAAGCAUCCUGAGCUGAAGAAGAAAUUUGAUGAUGAAAUUAGGAACGAUAACUGGGGCUAUUGAUUUUCAGAACUUCAAAGCGUAGCGAAACAUCCGAAGUUGAUGUUUUCCUUGCUUGUUUAAUAAAUAAUAACUACAUUAAUUUUUUGUAACUUGGUUCUCUUCAGUUUAAAAGGUUCUUCGCAUUUCCAUUUUUGAAGUUGUCAAAAUUUUAUGGUGUUGCAGUCGUCAUUUUAGAAACUGCUAUCGAAUGGUUUCAUUUCAGACACCCAAUUUCUGGAAAAUGUUUUGCGGUUUUGUUUAUAAA